AUCGCCGCAGACUUCGCUAAAACGCCGUGUUCGAUUUUCUUCGCAUUUUUACACUUUACGAAAUAAAGUAAAGUAUUUCUCGCUGUUUAAAAUAAUUUCGAGAGUGAAACCAUCUUUGGAUGCACUUCAUAAAGCUGGCCAGCUUGUCUCUUCACAUCACACCAUAGAAUCAAAAUGACGAUGGACUCCGAACCAAACCCAGAAGUUGUGGAACCCCCCACUGACUUCCACCAGAACACUGAACUCGAAAAGAAUCUUGUAGUGAUUCUGAAUCACCUCACAGGCAUUGAGCAGAUUAGUUUCAAGAGCCAACAAAAAGGAGAAGCAGAUUUAACAAGGGAGGAGAAAUUCAAAAUAGGAGUUGACUUAUUUUCUAAGAACAAAUUACAAUUUCUUCUGAGAUUUGGGGAUCAUCUUCACCCAGAGCAUCUAGAAUACUUCAAUAAAUUCACAACAGGAAAUGAUGAAGAUGCUGAUGAUAUGCGUGUGGUUCUCAACGGAUUGUCAGAAAGAGCAAUCUCCAAUAAGAAAUUGUACAAUAUUAAAAAUAGAAGAUUUGAAGCAUUGCAACAGAUGAUUGUAGAGGACAAGUAUUUCUCUGAAAUUGAGAUGAUGAAAAGAAAUCCUUUACUGUAUGACCAACUGAUCGGACAGUAUUUAACACAGGAAGAAAUUAAGGAGAGAGAUAAAUAUCGAACGGAAGACCAAACAAGUUUCGUUAAAAUCUUGAUGGAGGGGAUUGAAAGGAGUGACGCUGAGAAACAGAGGAUAGACCAAGAAGAAUAUGAAGAUAAUGCAAUGGAAGAAAGUGACUCUGAUUCUGACCUUGAUGAAAUGAAAGACGAUGAAAGAUCCAGAAGUCCACCUCCGUCAAGGUCUCUAUGGGGUGAAUUCCACAAUGAAGGAAAAGCUCCAAAGCCCAAGUCGAAAAAUAUUUAUAUCACAGCGCCAGAAAAGAAGCUACUGAGAGAAGAAUUCAUCACGACAAUGUAUGAAAGUUUCUUGGAUGGAGCAGACAAGGAUUUUGACUAUGAAAGUGUUGACAGCAAUUCGAAAUAUGACUGCAUUGAAACUUUAGAACAAGAUGAAGAAGAAAAAUAUUUUGAUUCCGAGGAACCGGCUACAAUUCCAAUACAGUUAAGUGAUGCAGAAUCUGAAGAUGAAUUGGAUAUAUUCAUGAGUGCUCUCAAUGAUAAUCCAACUGUGCGACAGUUGUCCACAGAUAUCGGUAAAAUUAGUACUAGUCACUGAUCAGCAGCUAAAGCAAGAGAAAUGAAAGAAGUGUAGUAGCAAAUGAGAUAAAUUUCAAUGCUUGAAUUAAAACAACUAAACUUUUGAGAAAAAUCUAUCAAUGUGUGAUAAGAGUAUUGAUAUAUUUUCAGUAUAACAUUUGUUUUCGCUAUUCAUAAAAACUCACUUGUAGAACAAGGAUGUAGAUAAGAAGGAAUUUCUUAUUGCUUAAUUUUCUCAAACUGUAUAAAUUGUAAAUAUGCAAUCAUAUGGAAAUACAUUCAAUUUUAUGUUUUAAUAUAAUGAAGAAAUCAAA